GGAGUCUGAGGAAGAGGAAGGAGACUAGGACAACGAGCGACCGGGCGGCGGAGGACUGGGAGGCGGAGGAGGAGGAGGAGGAGGAGGAGGAGGAAGAGGAGGCCGACCAACAAGAUGGCCCCUGCUGCAGGAGCAGCCUCGGCAGCAGCAGGUGGGGGACUGGAGGCGGCGCUGGCGGUGGCGGCGACGACGGCCGUGGCCCGGCGGCCUGGGACAGAGUCAGAGUCGAUGGUGGCAGCGGCGACGACGGCGGCUGCCGCAGCGGUGGCGACGGCCGCGGAGACUCGGAGCUGAGAGGAGCUGCGGCUCGGACCAGCGCGGUUAAAUUUCACACUAUGUGCUGACUGUAUCUGCAGAAGAUAAUUUUAAAAAAAGAUAAACUUUUUUCAAAGAUUUUGAUUCCAGUGGAAUCUUUGCUUUAGAUUUUGUGUGUGUGUGUGUGUCAGUGAAUUGUAACUCCAGAAGCAAUGCCUGUACAAGCUCCACAAUGGACGGAUUUCCUUUCCUGCCCAAUUUGCACUCAGACUUUCGACGAAACAAUUCGAAAACCCAUCAGUUUGGGGUGUGGCCAUACUGUCUGCAAGAUGUGCCUGAAUAAACUCCACCGCAAGGCUUGCCCAUUUGACCAGACCACUAUCAAUACAGACAUUGAGCUCCUCCCUGUGAACUCAGCAUUACUGCAACUAGUGGGUGCUCAGGUCCCUGAGCAGCAGCCCAUUACAUUGUGUAGUGGUGUUGAAGAUACAAAACAUUAUGAGGAAGCCAAGAAAUGUGUAGAAGAAUUAGCAUUGUACCUGAAACCACUCAGCAGUGCUAGAGGAGUGGGUCUGAAUAGCACUACUCAGAGUGUUCUCAGUCGCCCAAUGCAAAGGAAGCUUGUGACUCUGGUCCACUGCCAACUAGUGGAGGAAGAAGGCAGAAUUCGUGCCAUGAGAGCCGCUCGAUCCUUAGGUGAACGAACAGUUACAGAGCUCAUUCUCCAGCACCAGAAUCCUCAGCAACUCUCUUCCAAUCUCUGGGCAGCAGUCAGAGCUAGGGGCUGUCAGUUCCUUGGACCAGCAAUGCAAGAGGAAGCUCUAAAGCUGGUUCUCCUGGCCUUAGAAGAUGGUUCUGCUUUGUCAAGAAAAGUAUUGGUUCUCUUUGUGGUGCAGAGGUUGGAGCCACGGUUUCCUCAAGCCUCUAAAACUAGCAUUGGGCAUGUUGUUCAGCUCCUUUAUAGAGCCUCUUGCUUUAAGGUCACCAAGCGUGACGAAGAUUCUUCUUUGAUGCAGCUGAAAGAAGAAUUCAGAACAUAUGAGGCUCUGCGGCGAGAGCAUGAUUCCCAGAUAGUGCAGAUUGCUAUGGAAGCAGGUUUGAGAAUUGCACCAGACCAGUGGUCCUCUCUGCUUUAUGGAGACCAGUCUCAUAAAUCUCAUAUGCAGUCCAUUAUUGACAAGUUGCAGACCCCAGCCUCUUUUGCACAGAGUGUUCAGGAGCUAACAAUCGCUCUCCAGAGGACUGGAGACCCAGCAAACUUGAACCGUCUAAGACCCCAUUUGGAGCUAUUAGCAAAUAUUGACCCUAGUCCAGAUGCUCCUCCUCCUACAUGGGAACAACUAGAAAAUGGGCUGGUUGCUGUGCGUACAGUGGUACAUGGUCUGGUUGAUUAUAUUCAGAACCACAGCAAAAAAGGAGCUGAUCAACAGCAGCCUCCACAGCAUAGCAAGUAUAAAACGUACAUGUGUCGAGAUAUGAAGCAGCGGGGAGGAUGCCCUCGUGGAGCCAGCUGUACAUUUGCACACUCACAGGAGGAACUAGAAAAAUUUCGUAAAAUGAACAAGCGUCUGGUUCCCAGAAGACCCCUGAGUGCCUCUUUGGGUCAGCUUAAUGAGGUGGGCCUGCCUUCAGCAGCCAUCCUUCCAGAUGAAAGUGUGGUGGAUCUGCCUAGCAGAAAAGCCUCUGCGCUGCCCAAUGGAAUUGUGUCAGCUGGGAGCACAGUAACACAGCUCAUCCCCCGAGGGACGGACCCCAGCUAUGAUUCUAGUCUGAAGCCAGGGAAGAUAGAUCAUCUGAGCAGUAGUGCUCCUGGAUCCCCUCCUGACCUGCUAGAAUCUGUCCCUAAGAGUAUCUCUGCCUUACCUGUGACUCCACAUCCUGUACCUCAAAGGGGGCCACCAGAACUGCCCUCCAUGCCUGUCACCAAACCACUUCAGAUGGUACCUCGAGGUUCUCAGUUAUAUCCAGCACAGCAAGCUGAUGUUUAUUAUCAGGAUCCUCGAGGAGCUGCCCCACCAUUUGAACCAGCAUCUUAUCAGCAGGGGGUGUACUAUACUCCACCACCUCAGUGUGUGUCCCGCUUUGUUCGACCUCCGCCAUCUGCUCCUGAAGUUGGUCCUCCGUACUUGGAUCAUUAUUCACCCUACCUCCAAGAUCGUGUUGUGAACUCUCAGUAUGGCACACAGCCUCAGCAGUACCCAGCUAUGUACCCACCUCACUAUGAUGGCCGUCGAGUGUAUCCUGCUCAGUCUUACACAGCAAGAGAAGAGAUUUUCAGAGAAAGUCCUAUACCCAUUGAGAUUCCAUCUGCAGCAGUACCAUCAUAUGUACCAGAGUCCAGAGAGAGAUACCAGCAGGUGGAAGGUUACUAUCCAGUGGCUCCUCAUCCAACUCAGAUCAGACCUUCAUACCCCAGAGAGCCUUCUUAUGGCCGGUUUCCUCCUCCUCCACAGCCCCAUCCUAGUCUAGAUGAACUACAUCGUAGACGCAAGGAAAUAAUGGCCCAGCUUGAGGAAAGAAAGGUUAUCUCUCCGCCUCCUUUUGCACCUUCACCAACAUUACCUGCGUUCCAUCAAGAGGAAUUUUUGGACGAUGACUUGAAGAUAGCUGGAAAGUACAAAACAAAUGAUUAUAGCCAGUAUUCUCCUUGGUCAUGUGACACCAUCGGCUCCUACAUUGGAACCAAAGAUGCAAAACCCAAAGAUGUGGCAGCAGGGAGUGUGGAAAUGAUGAAUGUGGACACUAAAGGAAUGCGAGACCAGAGAUUGGAUCUUCAAAGAAGAGCAGUAGAAACCAGUGACGAUGACCUUAUCCCAUUUGGAGACCGACCAACAGUAUCUCGCUUUGGUGCCAUCUCUCGAACAUCCAAAACAAUAUAUCAGGGUGCUGGCCCAAUGCAGGCUAUGGCACCUCAGGGAGCUCCCACAAAGUCUGUCAACAUUUCAGAUUAUAGCCCAUACGGAGCCCAUAGUGGCUGGGGAGGCUCUCCAUAUUCACCACAUCAAAACAUACCUUCUCAGGGACACUUAAGUGAGAGGGAGAGAAUAUCCAUGGCAGAAGUGGCCAGUCAUGGAAAGCCCCUUCCUUCUGCUGAGAGAGAACAGCUUCGACUAGAAUUGCAACAACUGAACCAUCAGAUUAGCCAGCAGACCCAGCUACGUGGGUUGGAGGCUGUUAGUAACAGGCUGGUGUUGCAGAGGGAGCCAAACACCUUGCCAGGCCCGCCACAGCCACCUCCACCCACUCCAAAAUGGCCUGCAAUGAUCUCCAGUGAGCAGCUGAGCUUGGAGCUGCACCAAGUAGAAAGAGAAAUUGGGAAGAGAACCCGGGAGCUAAGUAUGGAGAACCAGUGUUCUCUGGACAUGAAAAGCAAAUUGAAUACAAGUAAGCAACCAGAAAAUGGACAACCAGAGCCACAAAACAAGGUUCCAGCUGAGGACCUUACUUUGACAUUCAGAACCGGAGAUGGAACUCAGGGCUUUGCACUUGCCAGUGAUGUGCCGAAUGGAUCAGCCUUGAUACAAGAGGAUAUCAACCUCCUGUCAAACAAGACCAGCUCUUUGAACCUAUCAGAGGAACCCGAGGGAGGAGCGGAUAACAGUGACUCCCAGAGAUCAGGAGUCACCCCUAGUUCUGCUCCCUAAUAUAUGAGUUCUGCUUUGAUCUUCUGCUCCUAAUGAAUUUAUGGGGCACAGGUGAAAGAACAGAUGACUUCUAAACUUUUUCACUAAAAGCAGUCAGAGAAAUCCAGGAAAAGCAUCGAAGGCAAUGUGCACCAACACCACUACUAAAAACAAACCCUGCACAUAGUUCACAUUAAUGCAUUUUUUAAUUUAAAGAAAAAGAAAAUUAGCAGUAUCUGCAAGCAAUUCAGAUUAAAUUUGUUUUUGU